AUGGAAGAAGCUACUGAAUCGUGUGUUCCGCACCAUGACAAGGGUUGCUGCUCUCACAGCAACAUGUGGUAUCGUGUCAAGAAGCGGUAUAAGCUCUGUGAUUUUAGUGCUCUUCCCGACUACCUCCAAGACAACGAGUACAUUCAUGGAUAUUACCGAGCUAACUGGCCUCUUAAACACACCCUAUGGAGCAUCUUUCAUAUUCAUAACGAGACCGGAAAUAUCUGGACGCAUCUUAUGGGAUUUAUCCUCUUCCUGAACCUGACCAUCUACACAGCCCAGCAGUUCCCGAAGGUGGUUGAGAUCCCUCUGUCCCACCUCCAUUUUCCUGAAUCCUGGGUCAACGCCACUGACAGCAUUCAUGCACAUCUUCAGCACAUGGAACUUCCGGAUUUCCGUCCCAUAAGAGACGCGCUUACCUCCAUGGAGUUUCCGAAUCUCCAUGCCAUGUACAACUCCCUCCCACACGUCGAGCUCUCUGGAAUCUCUGGAAUCUCGACGUCCAUUUACGAGGCCAUGCCGCACGUUCCGAACAUGCACGAGAUGCAGAGCAUGCUCUCGGCAGUCAUGAAGUCGAAGCUACCAGACCUGGACACGACGAAGCUUCAGGCGAUGCUUCCUCACCUAGAGCUUCCGAAGCUGCAGCAGGUUCAGGCUGCUCUCCUGUGGUACUACGGCUGUGUCCAUCGCUACGCCAGCACGGCCUUGGAAUCCACGCCGGCGUUUCCCACCAGCCCGUUGUGGAAUGAUCAUAGCGUUUUUGGCAACUGCGUAACUGGUUCUGGGAAGACAUUGUCUUACGCGCCUAAGGUUUCUAUGCCUGCUCCUUUCAGUUUUCUAGCCAUUUCCUCCGUUCUGCUUCCGUGGUAUCCUAAACCUGCUCCAAACUUGCUUCUGAGUCAUCUGUUCUAUUUUCUCUCCCUUCUCCUCCUCCACAGAAACCAUUUUCCACUAACUCUCACCCCCACCCCAUCCCCCCCUUCCCUCUUUCCCUCCCCUCUUCCCCAUACACACUCCUCCCGGAAUUCCAUGGCUCUUCUGCAGUCACUUUCAGACAGCCCUUCGUUUCUGCUGAGAUCAGUGAAGACUGAGCGCACGAUUGCCAUGUGGCCAUUCUUUGUCUUCCUCACGGGCGCCAUGAUCUGCCUGCUCUCUAGCAGCACCUGCCACCUCCUGGGCUGCCAUUCCAAGAAGGUCUCUCAGAUCAUCUGGCGGUUUGACUACGCUGGGAUUGCCAUCCUCAUCUGCGCAUCCUUCUACCCGCCGGUCUACUACGGCUUCCUCUGCCACCCAUACGCGCAGCUCACCUACCUCGUCCUGAUCACCCUUGCUGGUUUGGGAACUGUAGCUGUCUCUCUUCUCCCUGCGUUUCAGAAACCUAAGUUUCGAGCCUUUCGUGCAGGGCUGUUCUUUGGACUGGGAGUCUCUGGUGUGGUUCCAUUCUUCCAUGGCAUGCUGCUUUACCACCAUGAGCCGUUUUUAGUGACAACUCUACUGUACGAGCUGCUAAUGGGGGCGUUGUACGGCAUCGGAGCUCUCUUUUAUGCCACCAGGAUUCCCGAGCGAUGGCUGCCUGGGAAGUUUGACAUUGCGGGACACAGCCAUCAGAUUUUCCAUGUCCUUGUGGUUGCUGGUGCGUACACGCACUACCAGGCUGCCUUGCGAUACCUGCAGUGGGUAGAUGGUCGUACGUGCUGA